CUGCAACCCUCCUGCAUCUUAAAUUAAAGGUUAGCGCAACAUGAAGCGCCGUUAAGGUGAGCAGGUCAACUGGGGGGUUGACUCCUCUCCCAUAACUGGUUAAACCCCCCUGGAUGUGGACUAGUUUCGCUUUCCCCCAGCCUGGACUUGCUGUCUCGGUCCAGAUGUGCUUCGGUCCGGUUCGGUCCGGGCUAAUGGUUUAUGUUUCUUGAUCUAAUUAACUCCCGGAGCCACCUUAAAAAGCGGGCAGGGUGAUCCCGGCCUGGCCCCGCCUCUCGCGGCUCGUGCGGCAGACGUCGCUCCGGCAGUUUUCCCGGGUCUCUUUCUGGAUGUAGUCGUUGUCGGAACCCACCGAGUCCGAAACCCAACAGCACCGCCGCGAACGGGCUCCAUUUACCGGAUCUGCAGCGCCAGGAGUGGGGAGGUGACUUUUUUUUCAGCCCCUCCUUAUCGAUUCUUUUCUGGAUUCGGUUCGUUUUCGCCCCCAGGACCAGAGUCUGUUCUCCGCUGCUGAAGGAACUGGUUUCAACGUCGGGACGAAGACCAGUUGGAGGUCCCCCCCUUCCUCCUCUUCCUCCUCCUCUUCUUCCUCCCCGCUGCUCGGAGGUUGUUCCACCGCUGAGCCCUGUUGGGAGAUGGACCAGCCCCAGUAAGGACGCUGCCCCGCGGUUCGGACUCAGUAGCAGGACGUGAUUUGGACCAGAGCUCGCCUGUUGAAGAGUGGCAACAUGUUUACUUCCUGGUUUCCAUGGUGAUCAGAGGGAGCAUGCUCGUCCACGCCCGGAUCUAAGCUCAGCGUUCGUCUCCAGCAGCUGCCUCCAGAGGGGAGAAGACCUAUCUGUCCAGAACCGCGACCCGCCAGAACCGACCACACCCAGAACCCGUCAGCCAGCCCGGACAGAGGAGGAGCGCCAGCGGCAUCGACAUGGCCAACAACACAGCUGACCACCCUCCGGGGAACUCGGUGGCUGAGGGCGGCCAUGAUGGCGGCCAUGACGGCGACUUUGGAAUCAGCAUGCAGGAGCUGAAGGACCUGAUGGAGCUGCGGAGCUCUGAGGCUGUCGGAAAGAUCCAGGACGGUCACGGAGACGUGCAGAACAUCUGCCGCAAGCUCAAGACCUCGCCCAUUGAAGGUCUGUCUGGAAACCCGGCCGAUCUAGAAAAGCGCCACGCUUCAUUUGGGAAGAACUUCAUCCCUCCCAAGAAGCCGAAGACGUUCCUGCAGCUGGUGUGGGAGGCGCUGCAGGACGUCACAUUGAUCAUCCUGGAGAUCGCUGCCAUCAUCUCCCUGGGCCUGUCCUUCUACCAUCCACCAGGGGGCAAUGCUGAAGCAUGUGGCCAGGCUGGGGGCGGCGUGGAGGACGAGGGAGAGGCGCAGGCUGGCUGGAUCGAGGGAGCCGCCAUCUUGUUCUCUGUCAUCAUCGUGGUUCUGGUCACGGCCUUCAACGACUGGUCCAAGGAGAAGCAGUUCCGUGGCCUCCAGAGUCGCAUCGAGCAGGAGCAGAAGUUCACCGUCAUCCGCAAGGGCCAGGUGAUCCAGAUCCCCGUGGCCGAGAUUGUGGUGGGAGACAUCGCUCAGAUCAAGUACGGAGACCUGCUUCCCGCCGACGGCAUCCUCAUCCAAGGCAACGACCUGAAGCUGGAUGAGAGCUCUCUGACCGGAGAGUCGGAUCAGGUCCGGAAGUCCCUGGACAAAGACCCCAUGCUGCUGUCCGGGACUCAUGUGAUGGAAGGCUCUGGCAGAAUGGUGGUGUCGGCCGUUGGCCUCAACUCCCAGACCGGCAUCAUCUUCACCCUGCUGGGCUCCAGUGAGCACGACGAGGAGAAGAAAGUCAAAAAAGGUAAAAAACAAGGACCCCCCGAAAAUCGCAACAAAGCCAAGACCCAGGACGGCAUCGCGCUGGAGAUCCAGCCGCUGAAGAGCGAGGAGGCCACCGAGUCGGAGGAGAAGGAGGAGGUGAAGCAGGUCAAGAAGGUCAACGUGACCAAGAAGGAGAAGUCUGUUCUGCAGGGCAAGCUGACCCGGCUGGCGGUCCAGAUCGGCAAGGCUGGUCUGUUCAUGUCCGCCCUCACCGUCAUCAUCCUCAUCCUCUACUUUGUCAUCCACACGUUCGCCAUCCAGGGCCUUCCCUGGAUGGCCGAGUGCACGCCCAUCUACAUCCAGUACUUCGUCAAGUUCUUCAUCAUCGGCGUGACGGUUCUGGUGGUGGCGGUUCCCGAGGGGCUGCCGCUUGCUGUCACCAUCUCUCUGGCCUAUUCCGUCAAGAAGAUGAUGAAGGACAACAACCUGGUGCGCCACCUGGACGCCUGUGAGACAAUGGGCAACGCCACGGCCAUCUGCUCGGACAAGACGGGCACGCUGACCAUGAACCGCAUGACCGUGGUGCAGGCGUACAUCGGAGACACGCACUACAGGACGGUCCCGGAACCUGACGCCAUCAACCCGGGAACGCUGGACACCCUGGUCAACAGCAUCUCCGUCAACUCCGCCUACACCACCAAAAUCCUGCCUCCAGAGAAGGAAGGCGGCCUCCCGCGCCACGUCGGCAACAAGACGGAGUGCGCCCUGCUGGGUCUGGUGCUGGACCUGAAGAGGGACUACCAGCCAAUCAGAGACGAGAUCCCAGAGGAGAAGAUGUACAAGGUUUACACAUUCAACUCCUCCCGCAAGUCCAUGAGCACGGUGCUGCAGAACGCUGAUGGAGGCUUCCGGAUGUACAGCAAAGGAGCGUCGGAAAUCGUCCUGAGGAAGUGCUCCCGGAUCCUAGACGCUAAGGGUCAGCCCCGUGUAUUCAAGACCAAAGACCGAGACGAGAUGGUGAAGAAGGUGAUCGAGCCGAUGGCGUGCGAUGGACUGCGGACCAUCUGCGUGGCGUACCGGGACUUCCCUGCUGAGGCCGGGGAACCUACCUGGGACAACGAGAACGACAUCCUGAACGAGCUGACCUGCAUCGCCGUGGUGGGCAUCGAGGACCCCGUCAGACCCGAGGUACCCGCGGCUAUCUCUAAGUGCCAGCGGGCGGGAAUCACCGUGCGCAUGGUAACCGGGGACAACAUCAACACGGCCCGCGCCAUCGCCACCAAGUGCGGCAUCCUGCUGCCAGGAGAGGAGUUCCUCUGUCUGGAGGGCAAAGAGUUCAACACGCAGAUCAGGAACGACAAGGGAGAGGUAGAACAGGAGCGUCUGGACAAAGUCUGGCCCAAACUUCGGGUUUUGGCACGUUCAUCGCCGACGGAUAAACACACCCUGGUUAAAGGAAUCAUCGACAGCACGGUGGGAGAAACCCGACAGGUGGUGGCCGUGACGGGAGACGGCACCAACGAUGGCCCUGCUCUCAAGAAAGCCGACGUGGGCUUUGCCAUGGGCAUCGCCGGUACCGACGUGGCCAAGGAGGCGUCCGACAUCAUCCUGACCGACGAUAACUUUACCAGCAUCGUGAAGGCCGUUAUGUGGGGCAGGAAUGUCUACGACAGCAUCUCCAAAUUCCUGCAGUUCCAGCUGACCGUCAACGUGGUGGCCGUGAUCGUGGCCUUCACUGGUGCCUGCAUCACCCAGGACUCCCCUCUGAAGGCCGUGCAGAUGCUGUGGGUCAACCUCAUCAUGGACACUCUGGCGUCCCUCGCCCUGGCCACCGAACCGCCCACCGAGUCGCUACUGCUACGCAAACCCUACGGCCGCGACAAGCCCCUCAUCUCCCGGACCAUGAUGAAGAACAUUCUGGGCCACGCCGUGUUCCAGCUCAUCAUCAUCUUCACUCUGCUGUUUGCAGGGGAAAAGUUCUUCAACAUCGACAGCGGCCGCAACGCUCCGCUGCACUCCCCGCCGUCUGAACACUACACCAUCGUCUUCAACGUGUUCGUGAUGAUGCAGCUCUUCAAUGAGAUCAACGCCAGGAAGAUCCACGGCGAGAGGAACGUGUUCGAGGGCGUGUACAAGAACCCCAUCUUCUGCAGCGUGGUCCUGGGCACCUUCGCCCUGCAGAUCAUCAUCGUUCAGUUCGGAGGGAAGCCGUUCUCCUGCGCGCCGCUCACCAUCGACCAGUGGCUGUGGUGCGUCUUCGUGGGAAUGGGCGAGCUGCUGUGGGGACAGCUGAUCUCAGCCAUCCCGACCCACCACCUGAAGUUCCUGAAGGAAGCGGGCCACGGCAUCACCAAGGAGGAGAUCCACAAGGAGGAGCUGACGGAGGACACGGACGAGAUCGACCAUGCAGAGAUGGAGCUGCGGCGAGGCCAGAUCCUUUGGUUCCGAGGGCUCAACCGGAUCCAGACCCAGAUUAAGGUGGUGAACGCGUUCCGUAGUUCCAUCUACGAGGUGGAGAGUCCACAUUCCCGUAGCUCCAUCCAUAAUUUCAUGGCCCAUCCUGAGUUUUUGCCGCAUUCUGAGGAGGAGGCGCCUCGGUUCAGCAUCAUUGAGGAGAACAGCGACGCGAUCGAGGAACUUCACUGAUCCUCGGCGAAGGAGAAGCACCUGGCAGCAAGGAGCUCCUCCUCCUUCCCCUCCUCUUCAUCACAUCCACCAGCUGGGUUGUUGCUCUGAGGAGGGGCAUCAUGACUCACCCUCUCAUCAGCACACAUCCUCGCCCCACGCUGCCUCCAUCCUGACUGUGAUGUUGUUCAGUUUGUUCCUCCAUCGCCUCCAUCCCAUCAGCUGGGAAGCGGUGCCUCCUCACCAGGAAUACCUGCUUCUCGUUUAGACUCCCUCAGUUCACUUAUAGAAAUCUUCCUCCCCUUUUCACCUCUGCAUGCUGCAGUGCAUCAUGGGAAGGCAGUUUGUUCUCUUCCCAACACGGCAGCAUGCAGAGACGACCCGCUCUCCGACCUCGUCCCGUCUGAGCCGGGUUCUGUUUCCCCCUGCCCCGGUUUAUCUGCAGCGUCUGUCUUAACCUGAUGCAUGUUUUGAUUUCCUGUUGAGUCGCAUGAUGGCCGCGAGUCCAGCUGUUUGGACGCGUCUCUGUUCAGAGCUCCAUGAUCUUCCUGUCUGUCCCACGUUGGAGAACCUGAAGGAAACAUCCGGCAGAUCUUUUGCUGUUUCGCCACGACAUGGUCGGCUCUGUUGAUCACUACCGUCGCAUUAAACACUAACCGCUUCGUUUCGUUCCCCUCCCCUCUGACGCCGCACGGCGGAGACGCCGGCGCCGGUCGGCCCAUCUGAGCUGCACCGGGUCAGGUUCAACUUAAAGGGGUAUUAUUAUGUAUUUUCCAGGCACAAAGUGCCAUUUUAUAACACAAUCAAGUAACUAUUGUACCUUCAGUUCUAAAAAUGCUGUAUAUAUUAAACAUGACCUAAAAUAAAUUUCUUUACAAUUUAACGCUUUGAAAUUGGGACUCUGUCACCUUUAGAAGCUCCUGUUCUUUCUGACACUUUCUGCUUGGAGACUGCAGCUCAGUUAAACUACACACUUCUUCACCCAGAGUGGUUUCCAUGCAGAUUAAAGGAUUUCUCAAACAUGUAUGAAAGAAUCAAGGCAACACUCCAGGUAGGUUUUUGAUACCUGGAGUGUUGCCUCCAGGUGUUGCCUCCUGGAGGAAUAACAUCAUAACCUGAUGUACAGCUCAAAAUUUUGCAUAAUACCCCCCCUUUAAAAAUCACAGAAAAAAUCAGAACUCAUUUCAAACAGCAGCGUGUUUAGCGUUUGCCCCGACUCAAACGUAGAGCCCACUUUUCCUGCUGUGCAUGAUGGAGGCCUGGCUGGAGCUCCACCUCCCCAUCACAGAGGCCCCGCCCCCUCAGGCAGCUGAACGAAGCUUCCUCUGCUCCCGUCAUCAAACACUAAGGAGUUUAAACAUUCAGAAGGAGCUGACUGCAGUACUGAUCCGUUGGUUGGAUCAAUGCAGGAAGUUCCCUUAAAGUGGAGCCAUGAACAGAGUCAGAAUGAGGCUGCAGACACAGACUGGCAGAGCACAAAGCUUCUAAAGCCAGUAAUGGACAGUAGGCUCAGUGUCUGCAGCUACAAGCUCCUGGGUCCCUCGUCGUCAGGCCUUCCUGGAGUGCCCAUAUCAUUUGUCGCCAGGAGCUCUUGGAGCUCAUGGAUCGGCCAAUGCCAGAAAGUCCUGGGUUUUCCGCCAGGUGCUCCUGCGUCUUCGACCAACGGGCAGCUCUAGAGCUCCUGGGUCGCUCACCUCUGGGCGUUCCCUGAUCGCUCGCCACUGGGCGGUCUUGGGUCGUUCGUCAUCAGGCGCUCCUGGAUCGCUUGUCGCCAGGCGUCCCUGGGUUUUCCGAAACCAGGUGCUCUUGGGUUGUUCGCCAUCAGGCACUAUCAGAUCGAUUGCCACUGGGCGUUCCUAGAUGGUUCUCCGCCAGGCGCUCCCAGGUCGCUCGCCGCUGAGCGCUCCUGGAGCUCCUGAGUCGUCUGCCGUUGUUUCUCUUCCCUCGUUUGUCUGAUUUUCGAUGAGCUGUCAGUGACAUCACACGGCCAGCAGUGGAGCCGGUGUCUGCUCAUCACCAUCACCGUUACCCUGGCGACACCGCUCUGCCCUGCUGUGUUGGACAGGCGUUAGUGUGGAGGCCACGCUGAGGUUUAUAGGAGACUGAUGAUGUCACCAGUCGGCCUGUAGAGUUGAAUCCACUGUGUCCCCGCCGCUUCCCGCAGCGGCGCGUCCGAUCCCUUCAAACAGCCGUCGGCCUCUCCUGACGGAGCCGAUGUGCUACUACUGCCAUAUUUUCCAUGACUUGGUUAAUCUUUUCCCCUCGACGAGCUUUUUCUAAGUACUCAGAGCCAUAUUUUCUAGAAUGUUGUUUUCCGUCAUUAUUCCAGAGGCCCCACCCUGCCCUCCAAACACGACCAAAAAGCGAGGAGAAACUCUUCAGUUGUCACUGCCGAACCGUGUUUGAAGGACCUCUCCGAUGUUUACAUGAGAAGCGGUUUGACCCCCUCAUCUGUUCCUCUCCUCAAUCUUACUGUUUAACUGAGUAGGAAACCUUUCUUGCAUGGUGUUCAUAUAAAAUUCAAUGUUUUGUUCAUUUUUUACAAUUCUUCUGUAUUUUUAUAUUGAGUACUUUUUAAUAUUUUGCAGAUGUAUGAAUCUGUGUACAGGCUGAGGAGUUUGGUGAGCGUUCAGAACCUGAAUGAAAGGAAUCUGCCGUGGACUCUGUUUUUACAGCUCCCAAUGUUUCUGCCACGUGUGGCGUCCGAGUCACCUGACGUUAGGGCUCCCAAACCUGCAGUGACUUGUUUACUUCCUGUUGGCUGUUCACUUCCCAUCAGCCCCUCUGGCUCCAGUUUGGUUUCUUUGUUGUAACGGUUCUGACUUGGUUUGAGUCCAACAUUAAACAGGAAUGUAUCGUUAUUCCGCCAACUUCUGGGUUUGUUUGUUCACUGGAUCAUGUUGUGUCCGGCUCCAGGCUCCGCCCCUCAUCCAGAGCUCGGCGCCGGUUGGGUUAGUCAUCCGUUUACUGCCUCUGUGGGACUCUGGGUCAGAACCGGGCCUACGAUAACCAACUCCUGAGGUUAGUGUUCAGACCCAACCACAUUUCAGCCUCGUGCCAAACACUCAUUUUGGUCUCUGAUCCGUUUCUACACGGAGACGAUUACCCAAGUCCAACCGGACCUGAGAACAGAAUUCCAGAAAAAACCUGAGCUUAGCGCCGGUAGAACCGGGUUGGGCCAGAGGUUCUUCCAGAACCCAGACUUAUCCACCCUGUAGAUUCUGACUGCAGCAGUUAGAGCUGAGUGGUUUCCCGGUCCGGCGCCUGGUUCUGGAGCCUGGAACGGGACACAAGGUGCCGCUGCGCUCCGUCUGACUUUCAGGAUACUGUGGAGAGGGCGGGACUGUCCAAGCUCUCUGACAUCAUUUCCUCUUCCUGCUGAACUCCUGCCCCUGACCAGCAGGUGGCGCGUGUGUAAAUAAUGUCCCAUACCGAAUGAGGCGAACCAGGAAGUGGGAGAGCGGCCAAUCAGCCAAUCAUCACCCAGCAUAGCUUUAAGAAUGUUCUGCCAAAGUCGUUUCCAUCCUCUCCCCUCCCUCCCUCGGCCUGGUUCAGGAUUGUCCCUCUGCUCUUGCCGUAGCCUCAGUGGCUCCGCGGGGCGUCCGGCUGCUUGGACCUCAUCCCGGACGCCCCUGCAGCAGCAGAACUUUGUUUUCCAUCAUGAAGGAGCUUCUUCCGUUACGACCCUGCUCAUCGUCUGCAAAACGAACUGGAACAUCACAGCUGGAAGCCACAUUUACAUUCCGUGUGUAUUUAUCUCCGAUAUGUACGAAUAUAUAUCAGAUUUAAAUAUGAAGGCAGAAAUCCGGUUCUCUGUUUGAACUUUGUUGCAAAAAAGACUGAAAGUUUUAGUUUCUGUAAUUACUAUGAUAGCCAGUUAUAGGCGUUGGUGUUAUUUUUGUAUAAACAUGAUAUCAUCUAUGUGGCAUGCAUGACAUAUAUACAGACUUUGGUGGUUUAAAGCAAUAUGUCCGACCUGGUGCGAUUGGUUCCGUCGUGUUCUGUGUAGCCAGAAAAAACCCAACAAAACCCAGAAAAAAGAAUCAGCAGCUGUUCAGUAUCCGUGUUCAAUGUUCUGUGUUCUGCAUGUUUUAGUACGGAAUGACACAUCCCAACUGUUGACUCCACUCACACACACACACACACACACACACACACACACACACACAGUCAGUCUCCGUUACACUGAGAGGAGAAAACACUGAGCAAACCUGGAAUCUCAUCUUUCUGUUCCCAUCAUUCCUCAUCACAGCACUCAGGUUCACAGACUGUCCCUGAACUCAUCACUCACUCUCACCAAUCUCAUCAAUGAUCUGAAAAACUAAACCUCCGAUAUCUGGAUCAGAAUGCAAACUUUCCCAUCAGCAGUUUGUCGUCUCCAAAAAUUAAAAUCUGACGUCAGAAAUUCAGUUUCUGAAAAAUGAUCUGCUGCUUUACGUGUGAACACGUCUUCGAGAUUUGUCCAAAGCAUUUCUUUUUCUCUCUGGUUGUUGGAUGGUUCCAUCCGACCCGGUUCAGGUGUCACACCAGAUUCUGAGGCGCCCCUGGAUCCGGUGUGACACCAGAUUAACAGGAACCAGUCUGAAGCUGUAAAACAUGACAUCCGGACUGUCUGGAACAUUUUGGAGGGUUUUAUUUUUUUGCGUGAAUGUUUUUACCUCUGCAGCUUCCGACUGACGCUGAGAGGGAAAACUGAAAUAUUCCAAGGAAUCCAUUUCAGCUCAAAUUUAAGAGGCCAAUGAAAUUAUUAUUAUUAUUAUUAUUAGAAAUAUUGUUAUUAAAGUAAACAAAAGCUGAUGCAGUCAGAAAUGUUUGAAAAAUGUUUUUCAGAAUAAAAGCCUGUAUUUACUGCUUGA